AUGAAUAAGGGUUAUUACUUAUUAGUCGCUUUGGCAAUUCUCGCAGUUGCUUCUGCCAAUUUGAAGGAAGAAAAGAUUACCAAGAAGGUCAGAUUUACUGUUACAUUCGAUGGUAAGGAACCUGGUUUUGUUGAAAUCGGUCUUUUCGGUUAAACUGUUCCCAAGACUGUUGAAAAUUUCCGUGCCCUCUGCACUGGUGAAUUAGGUGAAAGUAAUGGUCACAAGCUCUCUUACAAGGGAUCUAAGUUCCACAGAAUCAUCCCUAACUUCAUGGUUUAAGGAGGUGACUUCACCAACCACAAUGGCACUGGUGGUCUUUCCAUUUAUGGUUCUAAAUUCCAAGAUGAAAACUUCAAGCUUAGACACGAACCUUACUGCCUCUCUAUGGCUAAUGCUGGUCCUAACACCAACGGAUCUCAAUUCUUUAUCACCACUGCUUAAACCAGUUGGUUAGAUGGACGUCACGUUGUUUUCGGUAGAGUUACUUAAGGUGAAGACAUCGUCAGAAAGAUCGAAGCUGCAGGUUCUCCUUCCGGUACUCCUUCUAAGAACGUCGUUAUUGCUGACUGUACUGAAGUUGAUUUAGAUUGA